AUGGCGCGCGUGGACCCCGCAGGCGGUGAGCGUACCAAACAAGGUUCGAGCACAGAGCAGAGACCACCUCACAGCAGAGAGCAGCAAGCGCGUAUGUCCAACGACAAGAAGCAAUCAGGCACGGCACGCGUGCUAGGGUCGGCGUCCGCCGGGAUCCUGGAGAUCGGGGUGUUCCACCCAGUCGACACGGUGUCGAAGCGGCUGAUGUCGAACCACAGCCGGAUCGCGUCGGCCGCGCAGCUGAACGCGGUGGUGUUCCGUGAGCACGCAGGCGAGGCGCUGGGCAAGCGUCUGUUCACGCUGUUCCCCGGGCUGGGGUACGCGGCGACGUACAAGAUCCUGCAGCGGGUGUACAAGUACGGCGGGCAGCCGUUCGCCAACGAGUUCCUGAACCGCAACUUCAAGGCGGACUUCGACGCGGCGUUCGGCGAGAAGACGGGUAAGGCGCUGCGGUCCGCGACCGCGGGGUCGCUGAUCGGGAUCGGUGAGAUCGUGCUGCUGCCGCUGGACGUGCUGAAGAUCAAGCGCCAGACCAAUCCGGAGGCGUUCAAGGGCCGCGGUUUCUUGCGGAUCCUGCGCGACGAGGGCCUGGGCCUGUACCGUGGCUGGGGGUGGACCGCGGCGCGUAACGCGCCCGGGUCGUUCGCGCUGUUCGGUGGUAACGCGUUCGCCAAGGAGUACAUCCUGGGGCUGAAGGACUACUCGUCCGCGACCUGGUCGCAGAACUUCGUGUCGUCCAUUGUGGGUGCGAGUGCGUCGCUGAUCGUGUCCGCGCCGCUGGACGUGAUCAAGACCCGUAUCCAGAACCGUAACUUCGACAACCCGGAGAGCGGCUUCCGCAUCGUGCGCAAUACGCUGAAGAACGAGGGCGCGACCGCGUUCUUCAAGGGCCUGACACCCAAGCUGCUGACGACGGGCCCCAAGCUGGUGUUUUCGUUCGCCCUGGCGCAGUCCCUGAUCCCUGCCUUCGACAAGCUGCUGGCGCAGUAG